GUGCGAGUUGUGUUUGUUUGGGGUCGUUCUGUGUGUGACGCACUUUAGGACCCAGAGGCCAGCCAGAAGGGUGUGCAACAAAUAUGAGCCUGCCAACCACGUGACCAUGCAUUUUUAGAAGACGACAAGGAGGAGGCAACGAGGAGGAGGGAGGAAGACCAUGCAGUCUCUCUGCCAGGUGACCAACUCGCUCGCUAUCAGCAACGCUCGCUCGGCCUGCAGUCCCGAGCUGCUCCAGCGGGGGGCAGUGACGCUCUGCAUCAACGUGACUCGGCGACAACCUUUUCCUGACACCAUUACCGUCACACGAGUCCCGGUGAGUGACCGCCCAGACGACGACCUCUACAGCCACUUUGACGCCUGCGCCGACGCCAUCCACGCCGAAGCCAAAAUUGGCGGCCGGUGCCUGGUCUACUGCAAGAACGGGCGAAGCCGCUCGGCCACCAUCUGCGCCGCAUACCUCAUGAAGCACCAGCGGAUGGCGCUGGCGGACGCACUCAAGAAGGUGAAGGCCGCCCGGCCCGUGAUCGCUCCCAAUCCCGGCUUCUUGGCUCAACUGCAGCGAUACGAGGAGGAGUUGAGGAGGAGGAGGAGGCGAGACUCUCACCCGUCCCACGCAAGCUCAGGGGACUUGGAGUCGGACAGCUUCUACUUAAGAGCAGUUUCUCAGGAAGCUGAAUAAAAAAAAAGUUCAAGAAUGAAGUUUGGAGCAGAAAGACAGCCACGGGCAAAAGUAAUGUGCGGACGGACUCCUGCCUAGUUUCCCUCUUUGGGUGCGUCGACUCACCCAGUCGCACUCGGAAGCGCAGGUUGUUUUCCAGACAGUGGGCGGCCGUCAAGACCCAGUUCUGGUCAAUCAGCACGCCGCCGCAGUGGAAACGACCUUUGGAAUUCUGCAGCAGGACCUGGCGGUAGCCGUGUUCUCAUUACCAGCGGAACUCGGUGACAGCGAUGCCUCAAGAUGACUUUUGGACUUGUAUUUGCUUUGGCUCGCCGCCAACAACUCCACAUUGAAUGCCGGUGACUGGCACUGCUGGCACUGGCUCACCUGCCAAGGACUCUCGCCCUUCUUGCCCACCUCCCCGCCCACCAUCCAGGGCAUGAGGCCAUCAACGGGCCGGGCGUAGGACGAACGUCCGAUCAGCAGCUGCCCGCACGACGACGACCCUGCGCGCAGGUGACCAGACGCUGGUGGGCGGAGUCCUCGGCUCUUGCCCGCUUGCCGACACCUAUUCCUCACCUUUGGCGACGCAGGUCUUGCCGUCGUCGUGCAGCUUGUAGCCGUCCACGCAACCGCAUGUCCGCCUCAGGCCAUCCUCCCUCUCGGUGCACUCGUGGUCGCAGUCGCCGUUGUUCACGCUGCAGUUGGUGGCUGAUAGAGCUGGGAUGAUAAGCGUCGGCCGUUGAGUGGCCCGGCCCAACCCUCGCCCCGCCGUUUUUUGUCAACACCGUCGGCACGCUUCCUAUCGGGCUUGGUUUGUACCCGUUCCCGAGUAGUGCUUGCGGCCCAAACGACGUGCUUUUGGCACACAGUCAUGCGUCCGCCUCACAUUUUUGGAUGGCUCAGGGGCAAAUAAUUUUGAGGCCUCCCCAAAAGCCAAAGGUCAACUGUUUCAAAAGGAUAACACAUGCACUCCUCAUCCUGCUCAUGCCACGGAACGGGUUGGGUGCGUUGGACUGACCGUGUUGGCAGUACUUUCCCUCGUAUCCUUGGUCACAGGUGCACACGUAAUCUUGCAGUAUGUCCACGCACCUCCCGUGGACACAGCUGUUGGAUUCGCACUGGUUGCCGUCUGGAAUGCACGCACAUAGAUGCAAGCACAGUGGGCGUGGCCUCCUUUGUCCCAAUGAUUGGUGUUCAUGGCUGUCCUUGUGUCUCACCUUUGUACACCGUCCAGAACUCCAGCUGCAAAAGUUGAAGGAAAACCCCAAAAUGAGAUGCAUGGUUGAGGUCUUUCAAAUGAUGUCAUUGAUUUUUGGGGGGAUGAAACCAAAGUACUUGGGAUCAUAUACAGCAUCCCAAACUAGUCACAAGUUUCUCUUUAACUCACCGUGGCUUCUCGAACCUUAAAGAUCUCGCGCGCCUCCUCGAACUCGCAUGUCUCCUCCACGCACUCGCGCUCCAUGGACGGCGGCUUGAGCUCCUCCAGGAAAGAGUUGGCGCGGCGCGAGCGCAGCAGCAUGUGAGCCUCGGGCGGCCUGGAGAAGACUGAGGAAGCGCAGCACAAGCGCAGCAUGGCGCUGCUUCAGCCGGCCCGCCCGCCUGCCGUAGGCCGCUUUGGCCGGGCACUCACCUGAUAGGCUGAGCGCCGAUGCCGCGGCCAGCAUCAGGCACGCGCAGACGGCCUGCCGGCGCAUGUCCGUCAAAACCUGCGGCCCAUCACACCAGGUGCUCAGACCAUGGACAACAGAACAGAAAGCGCUUUCCUGCCCAAAUCAGCACCACUUUCUUUCGAAAGCGCAACUGUGAACUUGGUGCCCGCGCGACGUCAUACAAAAGAAUCGGCAAACAACAGCAGCGCUUGGGCUCCGCUUUCAAACCGAACCACGCUCGGAUUCACGUUCAAACCGAAGUCAACCGCGUGCCAAAGUUAAAAUCCAAAGCGCUUUCCCACGAGACCUCGAGCGAGCGAGAGCAAUAAGGGGACGGAGGUGCGCGCCUUACUUGCUGGCGUGUUUUUAGAUGACGCUUUGAUGUCUGACUCUCGGGAUGUCGUGGCGGUCGUGCUGGUGGCUUCUUCGUGUUUGUGUGGUGUCAAUGAGUGACAAGCGAUGUUUACUGCGAGUCCACAGUCUGCGUCCCCCGCACUGUCAACAUGCAAGCAAAUCAAGGGGAUGGACUUGUCUCCAUUUUCAGUUUAGUUUCGGCACCACUGUUUACUUUCACAGACCUCAUCUUGUCCUUUUCAUCUAUUUGUCUUCACCUUUUGUACGUCAUGCUCCUCCUUUGAAAUGACGUGCUGGGGUUGCCACUUGUCCUCAUCAGCAUUACGGUCGUCAAGGUGGGUUUGCUCACGUUCCAAACUCUCUCUUCUUUGGUUUGUUCUCUUCAUUAGCCAGCUUUGUUGGAGGAAGGGGGUUCUGCCAGAGGCGGCCAGUGCUCCACAAUACAAUUAUUCCAACAGUGUGCGUGUGUGUAUGAAAUUUUGUGUCUAAUUAAAAAAACAAAAAACA